CCAGUGCCAAUCAUCACCCCAACGGGGGACAAAGAAUGGGAAACUGAGAAGAUACUAGACAGACGGCCAUGUGGUCACAGAUUCCAGUACCUUGUUCAAUGGUGCAGAUAUAGUCCAGGGGCAGACAUCUGGUUGUCCUAUCAAGAACUCAAGAACAGUGACAGUCUUGAAGAAUAUAAUGCCAUGCUCAAGUCUUCAGAGGAUGGGAGGGUGUAA